AUGGCGACCGCCGUCCUCCUCCGAUCUCUCCGUCGACGUGACUUUACCUCCGGCUCUCUCUCUGCUUACAAAACCUUGACUGUAAGCAGCAAGCCUUCAUGGGCACUAGGUACCAAAUGGGCAGGUCUUGCUAGGCCAUUCAGCACAAAACCGGCUGGGAAUGAUGUGAUUGGUAUUGACUUGGGCACUACAAACUCUUGUGUUUCUGUCAUGGAAGGGAAGAACCCAAAAGUUAUUGAGAAUGCUGAGGGUGCUCGGACCACUCCGUCGGUGGUUGCUUUUAACCAAAAAGGAGAGCUGCUCGUUGGUACACCAGCAAAACGGCAGGCUGUCACCAAUCCGACAAACACGCUUUUUGGAACUAAGCGGCUAAUUGGUCGACGUUUUGACGAUUCUCAGACACAAAAGGAAAUGAAGAUGGUUCCGUUCAAAAUUGUCAGGGCCUCAAAUGGAGAUGCUUGGGUUGAAGCCAAUGGGCAGCAGUACUCCCCUAGCCAAAUUGGAGCUUUUAUUCUGACUAAGAUGAAGGAAACUGCAGAGGCCUACCUUGGGAAAUCUGUAAACAAAGCUGUGGUCACUGUUCCAGCUUAUUUUAAUGAUGCUCAAAGACAGGCUACUAAGGACGCAGGAAGAAUUGCUGGCCUUGAUGUGCAGAGAAUUAUUAAUGAGCCUACGGCUGCUGCAUUAUCCUAUGGUAUGAACAACAAGGAGGGUCUUGUUGCUGUUUUUGAUCUUGGAGGUGGAACCUUUGAUAUUUCCAUCUUGGAGAUAUCAAAUGGUGUCUUUGAGGUGAAAGCCACCAAUGGUGACACAUUUUUGGGAGGAGAGGAUUUUGACAAUACUCUGUUGGAAUUUUUGGUGAGUGAGUUCAAGAGGACUGAGGGAAUUGAUCUGGCAAAAGACAAGCUUGCUCUGCAGAGACUUCGGGAGGCAGCUGAGAAAGCAAAGAUAGAGCUUUCUUCAACGUCUCAGACUGAAAUCAACUUGCCUUUUAUUACUGCAGAUGCAUCUGGGGCUAAACAUUUGAAUAUAACAUUGACCAGAUCAAAGUUCGAGGCUUUGGUGAAUAACUUGAUCGAGCGGACUAAGGCUCCUUGCAGGAAUUGUUUAAAGGAUGCUGGCAUUUCAACAAAGGAGGUUGAUGAAGUUCUCCUUGUUGGAGGAAUGACCCGCGUGCCUAAAGUUCAAGAAAUUGUUUCAGAAAUCUUUGGCAAGUCGCCAAGCAAAGGGGUGAAUCCUGACGAGGCAGUUGCCAUGGGAGCUGCCAUUCAGGGUGGCAUCCUCCGUGGUGAUGUGAAAGAGUUGCUUCUCCUGGAUGUUACUCCUUUAUCACUUGGUAUUGAGACACUGGGCGGUAUCUUUACGAGGUUGAUCAAUAGAAACACUACCAUUCCCACAAAAAAGAGUCAGGUUUUCUCAACAGCUGCUGACAACCAAACCCAAGUAGGAAUUAAAGUUUUGCAAGGAGAACGUGAGAUGGCUUCCGACAACAAGUCCCUUGGUGAAUUCGACCUUGUGGGCAUUCCUCCAGCUCCUAGGGGCAUGCCUCAGAUAGAAGUAACGUUUGACAUUGAUGCCAAUGGAAUUGUCACUGUUUCUGCAAAGGACAAGACCACUGGUAAAGAGCAGCAGAUUACCAUUAGAUCAUCAGGUGGUUUAUCUGAAAGUGAGAUUGACAAUAUGGUUAGGGAGGCGGAGAUGCAUGCUCAGAAAGACCAAGAAAGAAAGGCUUUGAUUGAUCUCAAAAACAGUGCGGACACCACCAUCUACAGUAUUGAGAAGAGUGUAAAUGAGUACAGGGAGAAAGUUCCAAGUGAAGUGGUGUCAGAAAUUGAGUCAGCCGUUUCAGAAUUGAGAUCUGCAUUGUCCGGGGAUAACAUUGACGAGAUUAAGGCAAAGCUUGAUGCUGCAAAUAAAGCUGUAUCAAAAAUUGGGGAGCACAUGACCGGUAGUUCUGGUGGUUCCUCUGGGGGUGCUCAGGGUGGCGACCAGGCCCCAGAAGCAGAGUAUGAGGAGGCAAAGAAGUAA